AUGUUGCUCUAUAUUGAGAUUUGGAACCUCUCUUAUGUGUUCUCUACUCUAUUUUGCACCCAUUUUGGAUUGGUCACGGGGAGAUUUCCAAACAAAGAUUUUGAAGAAGGUUUAUCAAAUGAUGUAACUUCAACUUCAAAUUUCAUUGAUUAUUGCCCUUUUAUUCAACAUUGGGAAGAUUCAACAAGAACAAGUGAAACAGGAGGACUUUCAACUGAUACUACUAGAGGAGUGCAUGAAGAUAUAGAAAUUUCUCCCCAUCAUCAACAUGAGGAAUCAAAGAUGGAAGGAAAUGAAAUGAAGAUGUACAAUGAAGAAGAGGUGAAGUUAUCAAACUUAUUAAGAGAGUUUGAUUCCAUGAACCAUUUGAAUUUCCUACCACUUCCAGAGUGCAUUUAUAAAGAUAUUGAAGAUCAAUUUCACCCAAAAGACAUAUCAAAUGAUCCUCAAACAAUUAAACCACAACUUAGAAUAACAACACAUAAUGACCAACCUCAAGUACCUUACACCCCUGAUCAUAUUGUAUCUCAUGUUCCUAACAUGGAAGCAGAUGACUUGAUAUCUGAAAGCAGGCUUAACUUGAGUUAUCUCAGCAAUAGUAUGGGAGAAUUUGUAACCAAGAAUCCUCCAAUACCAGCCCCGGAAAUCAAUGGUGAUUUGAUAAGGAAACAGGAUGAACCCAAGAUUUCACAAGGCAUUCAACCUCAAUCAAUCAAUCAACCAGAAACCCAGAAACCUGUUUACAAUAUGUGGAAAAAAAGGAAAGUCAGAAAUUUGAAAUCUCUUCUUAGAAUUCACAAUGAAUUAGAUAGAUAUCAAGAAGCUCUGGUCUCAAACAAUCUAAUCAGUUCCAAGCAAUAUAUUCCAAAUGAGCAGGGCCUGCUGAACAAAAGGAGGAAGACCAGUAUUGAGAAAGAUUUGGGUGUUGUGCCUUCAAGAUAUUCAAACUCAUAUCAAGCUUAUGACUCUUAUCAUGAUGAAGAUUGUGGAGGAACAGAUACAGUUUUUUCAUCAAAAGAGUCACUUUGGUGUGUUUCAAAUAACACUCCCUCUCAAAAAGAAAGGAUUCAUUUCUCAAAUGCGUUGGGAUCUGGGAAUGAUUUUAAACACAAUGUUGUUUUCACUGAAAAUAGAGUCUUCAAAGGGGUUGUUCAACAAGUACAUAAUGUGGUACCUGAAGCAAAGAGAACUUAUAAACAGGAAACAGCUCAUGAAGACACAAGUAUAUAUAGAAAUCAGGCCAGAACCUCAUUUGAUCACUUAAUUGAGAAACAUGUUAUUCCAUUUAUGACAGAACUUGAGGAAUUCUUUGAAACAGGGAUGGAUAUGAGCCACAGAAAGUAUAAAUCUCGACCUCAUUUGAUCAAUCGCUUAAGGCUCAUGACACAUGAAUUUCUUUUAUUUCUUGUAAAAGUUAACUUUACCUUUGAUCCUGAGGGAAAAGAGUUAAAUAAUACCUUACUUGAAGGAUACAAAUGGUUAAUCAAUAUCUGGAAAAGUAUUCCAAUUGAAUCAUACAUCUAUAAUCAUGCACCUAACUUUAAUCAACUUCAUGAAGCUUAUAAUUCAACUGCUACAGUUGAAGAAACCUUGAUUUCUAGAGUCAUGGGUCUUAAUUUAUUUGCUCGAAGUCAACAUAUGUUCAUGGCUUAUUUAUCAAUCAAUUGGAUUCAGAGAUUCAGACCAAAAUGCUCAGUUGCCACUGGCCCUCCUCUGUCAGAAAAGGGGUCCAGUGCCACACAAGACCAUUAUGUGCAUCAGGGUGCCAAAAGAUAUAUACUCUGUAGUACUGUACUGGAUACUUAUGAACAAACAUUGCAGGAAACCUGUACAUUAGAUCUUAUCAGAAUAGUUUGA